CCUGAAUCUGAUCUAGCAUCUCUUUCACCUCGGACUGCCCUGCUAUCGCCUCCCUACGAGAGCGCCGAGCUAACCAGACCGCGCCGUAUCAACGGCGUUCCCAACAACAAAUUCCGUCACGAGCGGGAGCGUGUUCACGCGGCUGCGAGCGCUCGUGACCUCUUACGACUCUUAGUAAACGAGGAGUACGAGGCGAAGCAGACUCGCAAAGUGCUCUAUACUGCAUUGGACAGGUUGGACGCCGAAAGUCGUCGUGCUGAAGAAGCAGAAACCCAGCUAACAGAGGCUUUGGAACGGACGCGGUCUAUCAACGAGGCUCGCGUUGCUGCCCAGCAAGAGGCAGCUCGGGCGCAGGAGGAACUGAGGCUCUACAAGCUGCAACUCGAUAACGCGCAGAGAGAAAUUCUCAGAGCCCAAGAUAUACUGGGAGUCAUUGAAGCCCAGAGGGAUGACGCGGAGGCUGCCGCUGCUGACGCGCGCUCAAAGGCCCGAAAAUUGAAUGAAGAGCGCUUGAUUGAGCUCGCAAGGGAGGAGGGUCGCAGGCUCGGGUAUGAAGAAGGUAUUCGACGCGGUCGUAAUAUGGGUUACCGAGAAGGGCGUGUCGUUGUUAUUGAUGACGGUCGGUCUCCAAUGCGAGAAGCCGCUGCCGCUACCCUCUCCGACUUACGGGAAGAAGUAGAGGUAGCUCCUGUAGUUCUACCUCCUCAGCCUGCACCAGCCAUACCCAUGCCAGAAAGCCGAACCGCACCAGAAGUCCUUCGUGUUCCAACACCUGCAUCAUCUUCACUUGAUGGCCGUCGUGACUCUCGUUCUCGUCGUGAUUCCGAAUCUGAUUCGGCCAGUCGAAUGAGCAUGCGCGCUCCUGACCCCAUAGUAAUGCCUGUCAUGGUUGAACACCCGCGACUUAGGACAGACCCCUCCAUUACCAGUCAAUCUUCUCGUUCGCAUUCACAGCCCCAACCUUGGCCCAUGUCAGAUCGUUCUUCAGCUCGGUCACCCUCAAUCAAACCAAUCUCGGUGCUAAACUCUGCACCUAGUGUUCAGCACUCAGAGUUCCAAAUCCCACCGGACGGCUACAUACCAACCCUGGACAAGGACCAGCGUAUCGUUCUUCCUCCCCCGCAUGAACUUAUCCGCAAUAUCUCUUCGCCGACACCGUCACAACCUGUCGCUGGUCCGUCCUCAGAUUCUGUCAGAACGUUCGACUAUGCUCGCCGUGCCUCUCCGGAGUCACAAGCAUCAACGAAGAUGUCUAUGUCUCAAUCCUCCACCAUAUCAGCGCUUGAAAUCAUCGGCCUGCCUAAUAUGACGAGCCGCGACAAACGUCGAGAGCGCAACGGUCUGAGUAUCAUCCAUGAAGAUGGAAGCAUCGCAGCCGAUCAUGAAACCGUGACUGGAUCUGAUGCAGGACACCAUUACAAUCGCAGCGAAAGACGCAAUGAAAGAGACACAGACAGUGAAGCUACCAAGCACUCACGCAGAGACCUAUCAAAGCAGAGGCUUGCUGACGAGCUAAGAUGGUCUAACCCAGGCGAGGCUGAGGAAUGGCGUCGAUAUGGCGCAGAAAAGACUCGCACGCAAAGUUCUAAUGGUCCCCCCCGUCCUCGCCCAACGAACGUGACAAUGCCCAACCCGCUUUCUCCUCUAAAUUCGGAUGACACUAACACACCUCUGCCUCGACAUCAGCAACAUUCAAGGACAGCAUCCACUCCUAGUCAACGAGGAUCGAAUAGAUAUGAUCACCGAAGGGUCGUAUCGUCAGACAGCUCUGUCCCUGAAAUAACCAUCGAGCCCCCGUCCCGCCCUCCCUCUGACGCUCCAUCGAGACGUGCGUCCAUAUCUGGACUACUCAGUCCCGAUCAUGCCAACCACCCGCUCCCUGUGCCUGUGCCUGUUCCGCAACGCGCCCCACUUGUUCCUACAGUUCCUAACACUCCCGUUUCAGCGCCUGUCUCGUUGGUAGGG